AUGAGCGUGACUGAGGCGGGGGAGGACGCCGGGGCGGCCGGGGUGCCGUGCUGUGAUACCGGUGAUAUUUUGAAGCUGGCGUACAACUUCAUAUUCAAAUUUCAGUCCAAGAAUCAGCCGUUGAAGGAGAAUGAAGACACGCGUGUUGUAGGUUCGGGCAGGCAUAGUGGAACCGAAACGGCGCUUUGGGUGCGUGAGGGAACAGAGAGGUUGCUUUACUUCUCGUAUCGCAACCGAUUCAUACCCUUGGCCAACGGCGCGACAACGGACCACGGCUGGGGCUGCAUGAUCCGGGCAGGGCAAAUGAUGCUGGGCUACGCGUUGAUGCGUUUCUUCAACAACGGCAACGCCCGCAUAGACGGCACGAACACAGAGGAGCUGAGGGAAAAGGCGCAGGCUUUUUUUCGAGACGUGCCUCAGGCUCCGUUUGGCAUCCACGCCAUCACGACGGAGGGCGUGGAGCACGGCGUGGCGUGCGGCAAGUGGUUUGGGCCGACACCGCUGGCCGUCACGCUCAGCCGGCUGAGUGCGACCCACUUGGCUGCCGGCGGCACGGGGCCGGUGGUGCUCGCUGUGAGCGACCGGUUGGUCGGCGCCCAGCGUGUAGAGCAGCUGCUGCGGCAGUCGGCUCAGGUAGUGCUGCUCAUCCCAGUGAUGCUGGGGCUCGGCGGCGUCUCGGCAAAGUACGCGCGACUGCUGACGCGGUGCCUUGACAUGGAGAGCUCUAUCGGCAUUCUCGGCGGGCGGCGCGCAGAGGCGUACUAUCUCUACGGGCAUCAGGGUGACGAUGUCUUCUUCUUGGACCCACACUUCAUUAAAACGGCCCCAACAUCGGUGGAUGACCUGAAGGCUCAGGUGGGUGUAAGGCGCAUGCUGCUGGCAACUGAAUUCGACACGUCGAUGGCGCUCGGAUUCUAUAUCUCCUCACUCGACAGCUUCACCACCUUCGAAGCGGAGAUGAAGGAGGCGAACGCUUUUCUGACGUUUCCCCUUGUUAGCGUUAUUCCAAAUGAUAGAGAGGCGCUUAAUCCAGGGAGAAAUUCUGAUGAGUGUACGUUUUCAGAUAACGAGUAG